UUUGGAACGCUUAAAUUUUUACAUCAACUCUGGCCUCUGGGCUAUCCUCAGUCCAUAGCAGCCAUGGCCACAGUCACGAGGCUUCACAUUUUCCCACAAAGAUUGGAACACUUGAGCUUCAAGGACCACGGAAGGACUGGCCAGCCAGUCGUGCUCGGACCGGGUUUAUGCCAGACCGGGUUGGGACGACGCCGUGGGCGUGAUGGGUUGUGUUUGAAACAGUGCAGGUCGUUUAGGACUGGGGAGGGAGGGGGAGCGGAGGAGAAGGAGGUGGAAAGUGCGAGAAAGUGUGGGGAUUUGAAGGAAAUUGAGGCUAAGCUUCAAAGGGGAAGUGGGUUUUGGAGCUCUUUGAAGACUACUAUCUUGGGUAGUUUUAGUUUGGCUCAUGGUGAUGAGUAUAGCAACGCUCUGGCCAAGGUGGAGGAGGUAUUCUCUUCGAUUGCCAUCCAAGUGGGAAGAUAUAUUAUAACCAUGAUGAGCACUGGAGUGAUACUUGCAAUUGGAUUUCAGAUGUCAGGUGGAGACAGUCAGAUGGACACUUUGAUUUGGUAUAGCUGGCUUGGAGGAAUUAUUAUUGGAACCAUGAUAGGUGCUAACAUGGUUUUAGAGGAACAUUAUCGUGCUGGUCCACGUAAUGUUGUCAUAACUGGAAGUACAAGGGGACUGGGAAAAGCGCUUGCUCGUGAAUUUCUUCUUUCUGGAGAUCGGGUGGUUGUCGCUUCUCGCAGCCCUGAGUCUGUAGAUAUGAUUGUCAAAGAGCUUGAAGAGAACCUAAAGGAAUGUGUAACCACUGUGGGUGGCUCGUCCAAGACAAAGCUGCAACGUGCAAAAGUGGUAGGCAUUGCAUGUAAUGUUUGUGACCCUGAUGAUGUACAGAAGUUGGCAAACUUUGCUGUUGAGGAACUUGGUUCUAUCAACAUUUGGAUAAACAAUGCUGGCACAAAUAAAGGUUUUAGACCAUUGCUGCAGUUUUCUGAUGAAGAUAUUAGACAGAUUGUCUCAACAAACCUGGUUGGCUCUCUCCUUUGCACUCGGGAAGCCAUGCAAGUGAUGAAGAACCAAGCUAGUGGGGGACACAUAUUUAACAUGGAUGGUGCGGGCUCUGGGGGAUCUAGUACCCCUCUAACAGCUGUCUAUGGGUCAACCAAAUGUGGGCUGAGGCAGCUUCAAGCAUCCCUGUUGAAAGAGUGCAAGCGGUCCAAAGUUGGGGUGCACACAGCAUCUCCGGGCAUGGUCCUUACAGAUCUGCUACUCAGUGGCUCGAGUAUCCAAAACAAGAAAAUGUUUAACAUCAUCUGUGAGCUUCCCGAAACAGUUGCUCGAACUUUAGUUCCAAGGAUGCGGGUUGUAAAGGGAACAGGAAAGGCAAUCAGUUACUUGACCCCUCCUAGGAUCUUACUUGCUUUAGUCACUGCAUGGCUUCGACGAGGUCGCUGGUUUGAUGACCAGGGGAGGGCAUUGUAUGCAGCGGAGGCAGACCGUCUCCGUAACUGGGCUGAAAACCGCACUCGGUUUUCUUUUACGGAUGCAACGGAGAUGUACACGGAGAACACUUGGGUGUCAGUUUUCUCACUUUCUGUUGUUUGUGCCUUCAUAAUCCUUUCUAGCACUGGCAGCACAUUUCCUGGUACGUGAGUUGUAAGCACAAUUACAGCCUGAAAGAAUCAGUAACAUGUACAUCAGGGCAAUGCUCUUAGUGAGGGAGGUCAACUGCUAUGCCUGGGAUCGCAAGGCAAGUAUAUAUAUAUACAACACUUACAGCAGAUUAGUGGUUUCUAUAGUCGAUACCCUACAUUCUUCACUUAACCAUUAGGAGGGUCGGUUAAACCAUAAUCCCAAAUGUUUAACGACCUAUGCAUGGACAAGAGCCCUGUAAAAGUUUAGGGCAUGUACACAGAAACAAACGCAUUUUAUUUCAUUGAGAUGUUUCCGUAGGCAUGUAAUGUUUCUAUGUUAUAUGUAAUGCUUCUGAGUUCAUUAUGAAAUAAAAUUCCCGUUCGACA